AUUUCUUUGAGCCUUGAGAGGUUUACGUGGUAGCUAAUCCAUAAUUCAAACGGUCCCACCACGAACGAAUAUCGACUCGAACCCUCGACGACGAAAGUUGCAGACGGAGGGGAGGAUACGAAUGGAAGCAGGCGCAUACCAGAGGGCAAUAUGAGCUCGUCCAGCAUUGUCUUCGUGGUGUCUGCACUUGAAGCUAUCGCAGCUUCAAAAGAGGCCCACAAGAACAAGCAGCUAUCAGAGUCCGUACAAAAGGCGCUGAAAGACAUUAAAGAGCAUGAACCUCAACUACCAGAUCCCGAGAUUAUCUUUGCGCCGCUGCAGCUGGCCACGCAAUCCGGCAGCAUCCCCUUAACGACAGGUGCCUUGGACUGCAUCGGAAAGCUCAUAAGCUACUCCUACUUCUCUGUCCCAUCAUCGCCCAAUGCCGACAAAGAGGCAUCUCGAGAGCCGCUGAUCGAGCGAGCAAUUGAUACGAUAUGCGAUUGUUUUCAGGGGGACCCUACACCGACUGAGAUUCAGCUGCAGAUUGUCAAAUCAUUGCUUGCGGCUGUGCUGAACGACAAAAUAGUUGUGCAUGGUGCAGGUCUCCUUAAAGCAGUUCGACAAGUGUACAAUGUCUUCCUCUUGUCGAAGAGCAGUGCGAAUCAGCAGGUUGCACAAGGGACGCUUACACAGAUGGUCGGAACUGUCUUCGAGAGGGUGAAGACAAGAAUACACAUGAAAGAGGCCAGGUUGAAUUUAUCAAAAUUAGGGACAGGUGCUGCCAACACCAGUUCGUUUACGGUCGAUGCGUCAGAUUCGAUCAACGAUGCAGGCAGAAGUAAUGAAGAGGAGUCUGUGGAAGACAGUGCUACGUCUGAAGCAGCUUCGAAUGAUGGCCCAAAACUUACUCUCAAGGACCUUGAGCACCGAAAGAGCUUCGACGACUCACAGAUGGGUGAAGGGCCAACGAUGGUGACACAAUUGAGAGGUGCACAAGCAUCGCCUAGAUCCCCAACAGGCCAGACACCACCUGAGAGCAGCAUAGAUGAUGGCAUGGAAUCAGACGAUACCGAAGACGAGAUAUAUGCUCGGGAUGCUUACCUGGUCUUUCGAUCAUUCUGCAAUCUUAGCAUCAAACAAGUACCACCCAAGCAGCUUUACGACCUCACAUCACAAGCUAUGCGCUCGAAAUUGAUAUCUCUUCAUCUUAUCCAUACUCUACUCAAUAAUAACAUGCUGGUCUUCACUUCAUCUCUAUGUACGAUCACAAACAGCAAGAGCAGCGCACCUACCCCUUUUUUGCAAGCGGCCAAAUUUCAUCUAUGUCUUAGUAUUACCCGAAAUGCUGCUAGCUCCGUCGAUAGAGUAUUCGAGGUUUGCUGCGAGAUAUUUUGGCUCAUGAUGAAAUUCAUGAGAGCUCCUUUGAAGAGAGAAAUUGAGGUGUUCAUGAGUGAGAUAUAUCUUGCCAUGCUAGAGCGAAGGAACGCUCCUGUUACCCAGAAGCUAUUAUUCAUGAACAUACUUCAACGCCUCUGCUCAGAUCCCAAGGCAUUGGUUGAAAUUUAUCUCAACUACGAUUGCGAAAGAAAUACUGGUAACAUGUUCCAAACUCUCAUAGAAGACCUCUCCAAGGCAACUAGUCAGCCUGUCAUGAUUUUACCCAGUCAUCAACAACAAUAUGAAGAAAGGGUUGCUAGAGCAAACCUGUCGAUGUCUGACUGGCAGAUGAAAGGGCUGCUUCCACCAUCUUUAGCCACAACCAAUAUGGCUCAACAUCACACGAGUCCCGAUGACGAGAUUCCGAAAGAAUACAUAAUCAAGCGACAGGCUCUGGAUUUUCUUGUUGAGACUCUGAGAUCUUUGGUCAACUGGUCGCAACAAGGCAUUGCUGAAGUGACUAGUGGACUUGAAAAUGAGACCAGGGCAUCAGAGGAUUACCGGCAGUCACUUGAGCCUGGAGCGAAUAACAGCUCUACCAAAAUGACCAACGGCGAUACUCCUAUCCCUCCUUCAACACCCAUUAUCGAUGAUGAUCCAGAUCAACUCGAGAAAGAAAAGCAGAGGAAGACUGCCAUGAAUAACGCCGUGAAGGCGUUUAAUUUCAAGCCGAAGCGAGGGAUCAAGCUUCUCUUGUCCGAAGGUUUCAUUCCUAAUGACACUCCAGAGGACAUUGCUCAAUUCUUAUUAAGAGAGGAGGCCUUGGAUAAAGCGCAAAUUGGAGAAUUUCUUGGUGAUGGCGACGAACGCAACAUUGCGAUCAUGCAUGCUUUCGUUGAUUGUAUGGAUUUCGCAAAACGCCGCUUUGUUUCUGCUCUGCGACAAUUUCUCCAGUCAUUCCGAUUGCCUGGUGAAGCACAGAAGAUCGAUCGCUUCAUGCUGAAAUUCGCAGAACGAUACGUGACUGGAAACCCAAACGCUUUCGCAAAUGCAGAUACAGCAUAUGUUUUGGCUUACUCCGUGAUUCUGUUGAACACCGAUCUUCACAGCAGCAAGAUUGUAAAACACAUGACACAACAGGAUUUCAUCAAGAACAACAGAGGUAUUAACGAUAAUGCCAAUCUUCCGGACGAAUACCUCCUUCAAAUAUAUGAUGAGAUUGCGAAUGACGAGAUUGUGCUAGAAAGCGAGCGCAGAGAUGCAGCUGCGCAAGGUAUUACCCCUCAAACUAGCAACGGAAUCACAGCCAGUCUCGGACAAGCUCUUGCAACUGUGGGGCGGGACUUGCAGCGCGAAGCAUACAUACAGCAGUCAGAAGAGAUCUCAAAUCGGUCAGAACAACUUUUCAAGAACCUCUUCAGGAACCAACGCAGGAAUGCAACCAAGGCUGGAGCUGUCAGAUUUAUUCCAGCAUCGUCAUUCAAACAUGUUGGUCCGAUGUUUGAUGUGACAUGGAUGUCAUUCUUCUCUGGGCUUUCAGGUCAGAUGCAACAUGCUCAGAACACUGAGAUUAUCAAGACUUGUAUGGAGGGUAUGAAACUUGCCAUCCGUAUUGCUUGCCUGUUCGACCUCGAGACUCCAAGAGAAGCUUUUGUCUCUGCCCUUAAGAACGCCACCAACCUCAACAAUCCUACUGAAAUGAAGGCAAAGAACGUUGAAGCUCUCAAGAUUCUGUUAGAGAUUGCCCAGACCGAAGGCAACUUACUAAAAGGGUCAUGGCGAGAUAUUCUUAUGUGUGUCAGUCAGUUGGACAGACUCCAACUCAUUUCAGAUGGCGUAGACGAAGGCUCAAUACCCGACGUUUCAAAGGCUCGGAUAGUACCUCCAUCACGGACUGAUACAGGCUCUUCUUCGAGGAAGUCUAGUCAAUCACAACGACCGAUACGCCCUCGGCCGAGAUCCACUACUACAAGCACGAGCUAUUCCAUGGAAAUUGCCAUUGAAAGCAGGUCGGACGACAUGAUUAGGAGUGUUGAUAGAAUCUUCACGAAUACGAAGGAUCUUUCAGGUGAGGCUAUCGUGCACUUCGUACGAGCCUUGACAGAAGUCAGCUGGGAAGAGAUCAAAAUUUCUGGUCAGAAUGAAUCCCCAAGAACUUACAGUCUGCAAAAGCUGGUUGAGAUCAGUUACUACAAUAUGACUCGUGUCAGAUUUGAAUGGACGAACAUCUGGGUCGUCCUAGGGGAGCACUUCAAUCGUGUAGGGUGCUACAAUAAUACAGCUGUGGUGUUUUUCGCUCUGGACUCACUGCGACAAUUAUCGAUGCGCUUUAUGGAGAUUGAAGAGCUGCCAGGAUUUAAGUUCCAGAAAGACUUCUUAAGACCGUUCGAGCAUGUCAUGAUGAACAGCACUAACUCCAAGGUCAUGGAUAUGGCUCUUCGUUGCUUGAUCCAAAUGAUCCAAGCUCGAGGCGAGAAUAUUCGAUCUGGCUGGAGAACCAUGUUUGGUACAUUUACAGUGGCUGCAAAAUCGCCGUACGAGAGCAUCGUCAACCUCGCUUUCCAGAACGUCACGCAAGUGUACAAGACCAGAUUUGGAGUAGUCAUCUCCCAGGGAGCAUUCCCAGAUCUUAUGGUCUGUCUGGCCGAAUUCUCCAAGAAUAAGAAGUUCCAGAAAAUGGGGCUACAGGCAAUCGAAGUCAUGAAGUCCGUGAUCCCUACCAUGCUAAGAACACCGGAAUGCCCGCUGUCAAAGAAGGCAAACGUGAACUCGGAUGGCUCUGCAAAGUCGUCGGAUCCUGCUUCAAAACAAAUCUCUCGCACAUCUCAGGAGGAGGCAUUCUGGUUUCCAGUCAUGUUCUCAUUCCACGAUGUGAUCAUGAAUGCAGAGGAUCUUGAAGUGCGAUCGAAAGCUUUAGAUUAUCUUUUCGAAGCUUUGACAAACCACGGUCAUGGAUUCCCUGUCGAUUUCUGGGAUACUCUCUGGAGACAGAUUCUAUACCCUACGUUCACAGUCUUGAAGGACAAUUCCGAGAUGACGAAUAUCCAACAACACGAAGAGCUCUCGGUAUGGCUGUCCACCACCAUGAUCCAAGCACUUCGUAACAUCGUAAAGUUGUUCACUCAUUACUUCGAAGCUCUCGAGUACAUGCUUGGUGACCUGUUGGGACUUCUUUCCUUGUGCAUUUGCCAAGAGAAUGAUACCAUUGCCAGAAUUGGGAGCAAUUCUCUGCAGCAGCUGAUCUUGAACAACGUUUCGAAAUUAAAACCUGAGCACUGGUCAAAGAUUGUUACGGCUUUUGUAGGCCUCUUCGAACGGACUACCGCAUACCAAUUAUUUUCCGCAGCAGGCACGCCAGGUGGCGGAAACGCAUUGGACAAUGGAUUAGAUUGUGUCAUUUCGCCAAUGGAAGAACCGGUCGGGGAUGAGAAAUCCUUGAAGAUCAAUGGUACCAAUGGAACGACCUCGCCCGAAACAGACAGCAUCAACGAUGAUGAGGCUAAAACACCGACAACCUCUACAGCGGGCCUGGAAGAGUUCAAGCCGCAAUCUGGUCUCCAGCAACAGCCCGUUGUGGUGACUGCAGCUCGAAGGCGCUUCUUCAACAAGAUCAUCACUCGUUGUGUCUUGCAGCUUCUCAUGAUCGAGACCGUGAACGAGCUGUUUUCCAACGACUCGGUCUAUGACCAGAUCCCUAGUCCAGAACUCCUCAGACUAAUGGCACUACUGAAGAAAAGCUACCUCUUCGCGAAGAAGUUUAAUGAGAACAAGGAACUACGCAUGCGACUAUGGCGAGAGGGUUUCAUGAAGCAGCCACCCAAUUUGCUGAAGCAAGAGAGUGGUAGUGCUGCGACGUACGUCAGCAUCUUAUUGCGAAUGUACCAUGAUGAAGGCGAAGAACGAAAGCGUAGUCGCGGGGACAUCGAGGCAGCACUUGUGCCUCUUUGUACGGACAUCAUUCGUGGCUUCACACAAUUAGAAGAAGAGUCUCAGCAGCGAAACAUCAUUGCCUGGAGACCUGUUGUCGUGAAUGUCCUAGAAGGAUAUACGACUUUCCCUCGAGAAGGAUUCGAGAAGUACAUUGAGGUGUUCUAUCCCUUGUCCGUGGAGCUGCUGAACAUGGAUCUGGGAGUGGAAGUCAGGAUAGCAUUGCAAGGACUGCUUCGCAAGGUUGGAGAAGUCAAACUAGGGCUUCCUGAGAUGAAGAUUCCAGCCACACCACAGAGUCCAUCGAGCGCUGUCUAUCCAUUUGACAGUGGGAGACGGCUUAGUAGAACGAAGUGAGAUUUGGCUAGGGAAAACAGAGGAGCAUGACUGGAAGUUUCAUUUCUAGUUGAUACUGCUUUUGAGCGUGGCAUUUAGGGCAGUUUGAUGAGCGGACUUUCGAAACGACUCGAUCAUGGGAGUUUGGGACUGGGUUGAACUGUACUAGAAGGCUGUUUUGUAUGAUAUACCGAUCGUGAAAUCUGUAGACUCUGGGUGCAACGGCACAAUCUUUCAAUGCAUAUAUUCUGCUUGAUG